AUGAAGAAGGAAAGAAUCCAUAAUGAUCAUUUUAAUGAUGUUGAAAAAAUUAACAGCUUGGUUCAAUUCAUUGAUUAGAAAAAUUAAGAAUGUGAUAAAUUAAUAGAUGAUCUUAAUAAAUUAGAAGAAAUUAUGAAUCAAUCAUUUUCUUAAUUAAAAAGAGGAAUCAUAUAAAAAUAUUAAUUAUAUAAGGAGAGAUUAGUAUAAUUGAAUUCUUAAUAAAUUAAUGAUUAUUUGAAUUCAACUAUCUAAUUUAAAGAAUAUUAAUAAUCAAUCACAAAAAUCAUUUAAGAAUAGACUAAUAAAUUAAAUCACUCAUUUAAUAAUUUAUAUGAAUAAUUAAAAUUAUCAUAAUUUAAUUAUUAUUAGAUUGAUAAUAAUCCUAUAUAAUAAUCUAAACAAUUAUAUGAUAAAGGUAUUCAUCUUAUUAUAAUUAUUAGGUUAGAAAUUAUUUUUGGAAUAUAAAUACGAUGAAGCCAUAAAAGUACUAGAUAAAUCUAUAUAAUAAGAUCCUAAUAAUCAUCAAUCAUUGUGGUGUAAAGGUUAAAUAAUAAUUUAAUAAAUAGGUUCAUGCUUAAGAUUAUUAACUAAAUAUGAGAAUGCAAUCACUUGGUAUGACAAAGCAUUAGCUAUUGAUUCGAACCAUGUUUUAUCUUUAUGUGGAAAAGGUAGAUUGCAUCAUAAUUUAAUCAAUAGGUGAUUGCUUAAGAUUAUUAACUAAAUAUGAGAAUGCAAUCACUUGGUAUGACAAAGCAUUAGCUAUUGAUUCUAAGCAUGUUUUAUCUUUAUUUGGAAAAGGUAUAUUGCAUCAUAAGUCAAUUAAUAGGUUAAUGCUUAAGAUUAUUAAAUUAAUAUGAGAAUGCAAUCACUUGGUAUGACAAAGCAUUAGCUAUUGAUUCGAAGGAUGUUUUAUCUUUAUUUGGAAAAGGUAGAUUGCAUCCUAAUUCAAUUAAUAGGUGAUUGCUUAAGAUUAAUGAAAAAAUAUGAUGAAUCUUUAAACAUAUUAGAUUAAGCACUAUCCAUUAAUCCACAACAUUACUUAUCUCUUGAAUCCAAAGGUAUAAUAUAAUCGUAAUUAUUAGGUUUAUGUUUAGAAGAUCAAUAAAAAUAUAAAGAAGCUUUAAUUUAUUAUGAAAAAUUAUUAAAGAUAAAUCCAAAUGAUCAAUGGACAAUAAACUAAAAGAGUAUUUUGUUAACAUAUUAGAUUAGAAAUUUGUGAGAAUAAAUUGAAGCAAUGA